AUGGAUCGUGAAGAUAUCUCCCACUGGUUUUCAAACCAGGAAUCAACUCAACCACCUCUUAUCGGGGCUUUUAGCCAGUACCUAUCUGUUCAAGACGCAGUCCAAAUCUUUAAGCAGUUCCAUUCCAAUAAUUGGAUUCCCAAUGGUCAAGUUCUCUGGAGCGGCCUCCAUCGCAGAAAGGCCCAAGAAUGGGCUGACAAGCACCAUCUGCAGACUCUAACCACGGCUAUGGGCCUGCUAAUGGAUGAAAACCAUCCGGACUGCCCAAAAUGGAAGAAGACAUCUCAACAAUGGAGCAAAUACAUCCAUGGCGCUUCCGCAAUCUUUGCUUGGCAUAUAGCUCAGGGUGAAAAAGUCACGGUGCUUUCCCCUCCUCCACCAGAACGGUUCCACCCCUCGGGCCUCUCAAGCUACCAAGUGAUAGAAGAACCCAUCAUUAAAGGUUUGAUCUGUGAAAGCGCUGUGCACCAAAUCAUGAUGGCCCAUCCAAUGGUGACCGAAAGCGAAGAUUUCCUAUACAAGGCGUGGCCUGAAGACCAAAGCUUCCUUUGGCUUGCAAGAUUCGGAUCAAGAGAUACCAAAAGAAAUUGGAGAGAUACAGGGCACGGUGCAGAUAAGUUACGACUGAAGCAGCUAGUGGUUGCUUACUCGGAACAACGCGCCGUUUCUAUUAAGCAUGUCAACCACCAAGAAAAGAAAAAGAUGACUUUCACCGAAUUAGCUUUCAUCGGCUUACUCUCGCUCGUCGUUUUAAUCUUGCUAUCCAAAUUCACGAUACUACUUUUGGCGGUUCUGUUAUACACACUCAUCGACAAAAUCUUCUGUAGACAAGAAAUCGACCAAUAUUCUCAGUCGCAGGAGAUGGAGAAGUAUAAAGGGAGACUGGAUACGAGACAAGAGGAUAAUAAAACAGCCCACUCGAACAACGUUUCAGGUCAAAUUCCCAAAGCCAACACAGAUACGCAAAUUAAGGCUAUCAAGAAGUGCAAAGAAGCAGUAAAAGCGUGGGUAAAGGCGCAAAAGGCAACCGCAAGAAAGCUCAAAGCUGAAAGGAAGGCUCAGGUGAAGGCACAAGAGAAGGUUAGACAGAAGCACAAGGAAGAGCAGAAAGCACAAGCAAAGGCGCAAGAGCUCAUAGCUGAAAGGGAAAGGAUAGCCAACGCAAAGAAGAAAGAGGUAGCCGCACGAAAGCUCAAGCAGGAACGGAAAGAACAAGCAAAGGUGCAAAAGGCGGCUGCUGAAAAGCUCAAGGCACAAAGGAAAGCCCAAGAGAAGCAGAACAAGGCCAGAAAAUCAGUAAAGACAGCAAAGAAAGCGAAGGCGAAGAUAUAA